GAUUGAGGAUAAAUAGAAUCAGUAAAGAUGGCGGCGGCGAGGGACACCGUAAAGAAAAUUGGAUGCUUCACCGUUAUUAUACACAGACAUUGUUCCUUCAGAUAGCUAAAUAUCCAUAUUAAUAAUAACAUAAAGAAGCAACUGACAAAUUGUCUAACAAAUUGUGCUGCGUGGCGUGAUGGUCGCAGCGCUGGGAGCGCCAGCGAUUUGUUUUAGAGAAGACCAAGUGACAGCUCAGUUCUGUGCCUAGUCUACCAGAAAUGGAAUAGCACAACAUUGGGAUCGCAAAGAGAUCUUACUGGGGAUUGAUAAAAAAUAAUUUUCAUGGUCGAAUUGGGCAUACGAUCUCUUCAGUUUAGGGAAUAUAGCCAUUGAACUGGCCCAGUCGCGACACAGCCAGUGUCGAAGUGGGUUGACUCGGUCGUCAUGUAUUUUUUAACUGGCUGGCCGCGGAGGCUACUUUGUCCGCUAAAAAGUGAAGAAGAGCCGUUUCAUAUUCAACCAAGCUCACAUAGGUUUUACUUUGCAGUGCUAUCGGAGACACAACUCAGCAUUUGGUUCAGUCGGCCCAGUGUUCUGGUCGUCAGCUACAUCGAGUCGUCCAAGGCGGCAGCCCAGUUUGGAUUCUACCAGCAGGCAGAAUGGAAACCAGACGACUCCAUGGUGGCUGUGGCUGCUGCCAAUGGAUACGUCCUCCUGUUUGAUGUGAUUGGAGGAGGGGAGGACCGGUAUCUCUACGAACCAGUCUACCCCAAAGGAAGUCCCCGUGUCAAGGUCACCCCAGGCUACAAGGAGGAGCAGUGUGCCCCAGCACUCAGUCUGGAGAUGAAGAAACCUGUGGACCUGGAGGCUCCCAUCACCAGUCUGCAGUCUCUCCAGGAGGACCUGCUGGUGUCCACGGCGGACGGCUAUCUCCACAUCCUCCACUGGGACGGGGUGUCCAACGGCAGGAAGGCCAUCAACCUCUGUACGGUGCCCUUCUCCCUGGACCUGCAGUCUGCCAGAGGCGGUCCUUCUCUGGACCUGGAGGGGGCGUACAUCAGAGACAUGGAGUACUGUGUGACUCUGGACGGCUUCGCAGUGGUGCUGGACGACGGGAGGCUAGGCUUCAUCACCUCACUGGCCAGCACCAUCACUGCUGAUCAGCUGCAGGGCGUGUGGGCAGCAGAUGUGACUGAUGGGAUGUGUGUGGCCGUCAACAACAAGUACAGACUCAUGGCCUUCGGCUGCACCAGUGGGUCAGUGUUAGUGUACAUGAUUGACACCACUACAGGAUCCAUGCAACUGUCUCACAAACUGGAGCUCACCGCCAAACACUAUCCAGACUCGUACAACAAGACUGGUGCGGUCAAAUUGAUCCGCUGGUCGCCUGACUGCAGCGUAGUCAUGGUGACCUGGGAGUGUGGCGGCCUGUCACUGUGGAGCGUGUUCGGAGCUCACCUCAUCUGUACGCUGGGGGAGGACUUCACGUAUCAAUCAGACGGAACAAAGAAAGACCCUAUUAAGAUCAGCUCUAUGAGCUGGGGGGCAGAGGGCUACCACCUGUGGGUGAUUCCUACCAGGGGGGCGGGGCCUGGGGAGGAGUCGGGGGAGGAGAUGUCUGCGGCCCCGCCCCCCUCCCAGCAGGCAGGCAUCCUGCAGUUCCCCUUCAUCAAGAGCGCCCUGACUGUUAACCCCUGCACGAGUAACCAGGAGCAUGUGCUGCUGCAUGGAGAAGACCGCCUCCUCCUGACCUGCGGUGACCCCACGCAGGCUGCCAGCGCCUCCGAGCACCCCCACCCCCACCCGCAGGACAGCAGCCCCCCCCACCAGCCCCCCCCCGCCCCCUCCCCGUCAUCGCUCUCUCAGGGACUCAGCACUUUACUGGGACACAAGCACUGGCAUGUUGUCCAGAUCCACAGCACAUACCUAGAGAGCAACUGGCCCAUACGGUUUGCAGCGAUCGACACGGCGGGCCAGUGCAUGGCAGUGGCAGGGAGGCGGGGCUUUGCACAUUACUCCCUCCACACCAGGAAGUGGAAGCUGUUUGGAAACAUCACUCAGGAGCAGAGCAUGACGGUGACUGGAGGGCUGUCCUGGUGGAACGACUUUCUUGUUGUUGCCUGUUACAACUUCAUCGACCGGCAGGAGGAGUUGAGACUGUACCUGCGGUCGUCUAACCUGGACAACGCCUUCGCCUCCACCACCAAGCUGCACUGUGACUCCCUGCUGCUCAACGUGUUCCGGGACAUGGUGAUCCUCUUCAGAGCCGACUGCUGCAUCUGCCUGUACAGGCUGGAGAGGAGGCAGGACGGUCCUAACCUGUGGGCCAGCGUGGAGCUGCUGCAGGAGGUGUCCAUGACGCGCUACAUCCCUCACCCUGCCCUGGUGGUGUCUGUCACCCUCACCUCCGUACGCACCGAGACCGGCAUCUCUCUCAAGGCCCCACAGCAGGCUGGCAUGGCUGAGAGCAUCAUGUUGAACCUGGCUGGCCAGCUCAUCAUGUUGCAGAGGGACCGGUCUGGACCCCAGGUACGAGACAAGGAGACCCCCCCCAACCACGAGAAGCUGCUCCCGUUCUGCCCCCCGGUGGUCCUGGCCCAGUGCGUUGAGAACGUGUGGACCACGUGCCGCAGCAACCGCAAGAAGCGCCACCUGCUGGAGGCACUGUGGCUGUCGUGCGGCGAGGCGGGCAUGAAGGUGUGGCUGCCGCUGUUCCCCCGCGACCACCGCAAGCCGCACUCCUUCCUGUCGCGGCGCAUCAUGCUGCCGUUCCACAUCAACAUCUACCCGCUGGCCGUGCUGUUCGAGGACGCGCUCGUCCUGGGCGCCAGCAACGAGACGGUGCCGUACGACGGGCUGCAGGGCCGGCGGGCGCCCCUGGAGGCGCUGUUCCCCUACUGCACGGUGGAGCGCACCUCCCAGAUCUACCUGCACCACAUCCUGAGGCAGCUGCUGGUGAGGAACCUGGGCGAGCAGGCCCUGCUGCUGGCCCAGUCCUGCGCCUCGCUGCCCUACUUCCCCCACGUCAUGGAGCUCAUGGUCCACGUGGUCCUGGAGGAGGAGGCCACGUCGCGGGAGCCCAUCCCCGACCCCCUGCUGCCCACCGUGGCCAAGUUCAUCACCGAGUUCCCCCUAUUCCUCCAGACCAUCGUGCACUGCGCCCGCAAGACCGAGUACGCGCUCUGGAACUACUUGUUUGCCGCCGUCGGCAACCCCAAAGACCUGUUUGAGGAGUGUCUGAUGGCGCAGGACCUCGACACGGCCGCCUCCUAUCUCAUCAUCCUGCAGAACAUGGAGGUUCCUGCCGUGAGCCGGCAGCACGCCACGCUGCUCUUCAACACGGCGCUGGAGCACGGCAAGUGGGACCUCUGCCGUAACAUGAUCCGCUUCCUCAAGGCCAUUGGCUCGGGGGAGAUGGAGACCCCGCCCCCGACGCCCACCACUCAGGAGCCCAGCUCUACAGGAGGGUUUGAGUUCUUUCGUAACCGCAGCAUCAGUCUGUCUCAGUCAGCUGACGGCCUCGCCGCCGGCAAGUUCAGCCUGCAGAAGACCUACAGCAUGCCCUCAGGACCCUGCGCUAAAGGGGCUGAUAGGUGGAGCAAGGAGGAGAGUGCAGAGAACAUGUACAUAGACAUGAUGUUGUGGCGCCACGCCCGCCACCUGCUGGAGCAGGUGCGCCUCAAAGACCUGGGCUGCUUCUCCGCCCAGCUGGGCUUCGAGCUGAUUGGCUGGCUGUGCCGCGAGCGCACGCGCGUGGCCCGCGUCGACGACUUUGUCACCGCCCUCAAGCGCCUGCACAGGGACUUCCUGUGGCCGUUUCCGGUCAUCCCGGCGUGCUCUCUGAGCUCGCCGCUCAAGAACGGACGCUGCCGCGGGGUCCUGAGCUCGCGCUUGCUGAAGUCCCAGUCGGCCGACAGCCUGGUGAACAGUGACAUGGACACGGCGCCCCCACAGUCCGCGCGGCGCAACCACGCCUGGCUGGACGCCAUGGGGGCGGAGCCUAAGGAGACGGACUCCAGCUCCUCCCACAGCCCCCAGACACACGAGGCCUUCCUGUCGCCGCUCAUGGGUAAAGCGGAGGAUUGCAGUAUCGGCUCUGCUACAGACCUGACAGAGACCAGCUCAGUGGUGGAUGGGGAUUGGACGAUGGUGGAUGAGAACCUGACGUCCCUGUGCCUCAGCCAGGCGGAGCUAGAACACAUCUCCAUGGAGCUGGCCAAUAAGGGCCCUCACAAGUCCCAGGUGCAGCUCAGGUACCUCCUGCAUGUCUUCAUGGAGGCGGGGUGUCUGGAGUGGUGUGUUGUGAUUGGUCUGAUCCUACGCGAAGCCAGCGUGAUCCAGCAGGUGAUUGGCUUCCUGGACAGUCCUGAGGUUCCUGCCGAGACCGUCCAGGGAGUCCGCAGCGGUCUGCUGGCCGUAGAUGCCUGGGCCUCCACUGAUUGCCUGGGCUACAAGCCCUUCCUCAGCCUCAUCCGGCCCCAGCUGCAGCAGCUGAUGGAGGUGGUGGUGGAGCAGGUGCAGCCGGAGGUCUUCCAGCCCGCCAACCCCUCCAAGCUGGGGGCGGAAGGGGGGAUCCCGACCCCCCGGGCGGCAGAGGACAGCCUGAUUCGAGGGGGGGCCUCUGGCCUGGGCAUGGCCCUCCCCUCCAUGGACCCCCCCGGAGCCUUCCCCAGACCAGCCGAGGACAGGCCCCUGGAGGAGCAGGUGGAGCAGGUUAACGAGGAGGGGGCCUAUGACUGCACCCUGUCCUGACCUUUGUGACCGGGGUGGGGUGGUCAGGGGUCACUGGUGGAGAGACAUGGGGAUUUGACGAGGACACCUCCAAUUGGCUUUUGGGGUUUGGCUGACUGACAGGAAAAUUGACUGCAGAUCAAUUUUGUGGUGAAUGAAUGCAGAGAUUGCGUGUGCGCGUCUGAGUUCUUCUUCUGUGGUUCUUCAGGGCAGUAUUAUCCACUUGUAAGACGUCUGGCCGUCUGAUUUCCACAGACAGACAGCUGGAUGGGACAGUCGUACCCACACGUGAGAGAGAGAGAGAGAGGUCGAGAGAGAAGGAAGUGGUCUCAUAUAUUUCAUACCUCAUAUUGAACAACGGUUUUAGGAUAUUUUGGGAUAGCUUUGUCAUGUCCUGGUGUUCUUUCGAAAAGCCUUCAUCCUUGACCCAUUAACCCCCCCCCCCCCCCUCCUCCCAACACACACACACACACCACCCACCCAGCACACCAGGCGUCCAGCUCUGACAGAGUCCUGUCCAAUUUCAGCACAGUGUGUGUGUGUGUGUUCAGCAUCAGUACAUGAAUAGGGUUGUCAAGACGAUACUAAAACAUUGGUGCAUAAAACAACAAUGACAUAGGCGCGUGUCUGCGGAUUCAGACUACAGACACCAUUAGGUAUGAUUAUGAUUCCCGUUUCCCCGGCUACCAUGUCGCCGUGGUUCCGUGGACACCAUUCUUAGUCUCCACUACAGACUACAAACAUGGUGCCCUCUUCAAGUCCAUCAGUAUUAAAUUGUGCAAUUUUGAAAUGUAGUUUUAUCAUGUAUUUUCUCCUUCUAUGGUUUUAGUCUUUGUUUUUAAAUUGACAAAAGAAAGGACUUUUCUCAGACUUGAUUCUCCAUUUGGUUGUUUUAUCAAGCUGUCACUUUCAUGUUUUUGGACCAAAAUGUAUUGAGUGUAAAUCAGGAUUCAGAGCUGAGUGACGUUUUUGUUGUUAUUUUUUGCUCUUUCUCUGAUUUGCGGUCAUUUUAGAGAUGACAUUGUCAGGUUAGAAACAUACUCUUUAUGGCCCUGACCGAACACCGUCAAUCAAUCAAACUGAUAUUCAGCUUGAUCGAUGGAUCACCUAGCUUUAAUAUUGCUCAUUUCCUGCCAGUCCAGAGUUUCUCUCAGCAUAUGCAUGGGUCAGGAGGGACCAGUCAGGGCCUCACAGCAGACGGCAGCACAACUACGGAACCAGAUAACCAAAGACUCACGGACCAGCGACCGUCUCUGGUUCUCUAGUCGUCUAGUCAGAGAUGGGUGAGGCUGGGCGGACCGGAGCACUUCUUUGUGAUAUGGAAAGGACCGGAGGUUCCAGCGAAGCGCCCUGCUAGGUGAGGAGGAGGAGCCGUGUUCCUCAGCCUGUCCUGUAGGACCGGCUCAUGAGCGCUGGCUUACAAGCAGCCAUUUAGUCUUUUUUUUUUUUUUGUCUGUUCCUGUCCUGUCAGACGUUUGGAAGUGUGGUACUAUCUUCACUAUCACUAUUCACCUGUCCUAGAUCACCCCCUGGGAGUUAGUGGUUUGGGGCGGGGGGGGGGUUUGGUUUAGGACGAACGCCCUCCGAUCAUGUCAGUAUCGGCUCCCCCGUGUUCUGAAGACAAAGAUAGAGACACGAGGAGCACAUCUUCAAUGCAGUGUACAGAUAGCCUCUCUCCCUAGUACGGUUAUGGCCUUUUCUACUCAUGUAUCGGUUUUCUAUUUGAUUUUUUUUCUCCUUGUAAAUAAAGAUCAAUAAAUUAUUUUCUA